GAAUAUUCAACCGGCAGAACAGCUACACCGCCAUCACCGCCGCCCAAGGCCUGGACCCUUUCGGGGGGAUGCUUCAUGGAGGUCUCAUCUUCGAUUCGACUUGGACAGCUGAUCGGCCUUCCUGAUUGCGGCAUAUUCUGCUCUUGGGUCGUCGAGUCUGGCCAUGGACACAGAAAUAUCACAAUCUUUCUUAUCAUUCUUUGGCUCGUCUCUUCCCGAGGGUAACAGCCAAGAUGCCUUACAACAUUGCUAUGGUCAGUGACUUUUUCUUUCCACAACCAGGUGGGGUUGAAAGUCACAUCUACCAAUUGUCGACCAAACUCAUCGAUCGCGGUCAUAAAGUCAUAAUCAUUACACAUGCAUACAAGGGGCGCACCGGAGUUCGGUAUCUCACGAAUGGUCUCAAAGUCUACCAUGUCCCCUUCCUCGUCAUAUACCGCGAAACGACGAUGCCGACGGUGUUCUCCUUUUUCCCUAUAUUUCGCAACAUCGUCAUCCGAGAGCAAAUUCAGAUCGUCCACGGCCAUGCAAGCUUGAGUUGCUUCUGCCAUGAAGCAAUUCUUCACGCGCGCACUAUGGGAUUGCGGACAGUGUUCACCGAUCACUCUCUAUUUGGAUUUGCCGAUGCGGGAUCUAUCCUGACGAACAAACUACUCAAGUUCGCUUUGAGUGACGUCGAUCAUGUUAUAUGUGUCAGCCAUACAUGCAAAGAAAACACCGUGCUCCGGGCGUCCUUGGACCCUUUAAUGGUCUCUGUAAUUCCCAAUGCCGUUGUCGCGGAGAACUUCCGACCACUAUCCUCUACGCCCCGUACGAAUGAUCGUUCAUCUGGGCCAAUGCAGGAACUACAACCCAUCCCGGCGCCAAUAGGUCCUAAUGACAUCAUCUACAUUGUCGUCAUUUCGCGACUUUUCUACAACAAGGGCACAGAUCUCUUAAUCGCCGCUAUACCUCGAAUUCUAGCGUCACAACCCAACGUGCGAUUUAUCAUUGCCGGCUCAGGACCUAAAGCCAUUGAUCUGGAGCAAAUGCUCGAGCGCAAUGUCUUGCAAGACAAAGUGGAAAUGCUCGGCCCUGUCCGGCAUGAGGAAGUGCGGGACGUGAUGGUUCGAGGACACAUUUAUCUUCAUCCUAGUUUGACGGAAGCCUUUGGAACCGUCAUUGUUGAAGCGGCCAGUUGUGGACUCUACGUCGUUUGCACCCGUGUUGGUGGCAUCCCUGAAGUGCUGCCCCAGCAUAUGACAACCUACGCGAAACCCGAAGAAGACGAUAUUGUCAUGGCUACAGGCAAGGCCAUCGCCGCUCUUCGCUCUAACAAGGUGCGCACUGAUCGAUUUCACGACCAAGUGAAGAUGAUGUACUCCUGGACAGAUGUCGCCCAGCGCACAGAGCGUGUUUACAUGGGUAUAUCUGGUGGAAUCACACCCGAGGAAUUCUACGGAUACUAUCCCGGGCAAGGCUGGGAAGCUAGUGGUGAUCGCGUGCGAAGUUUUGCUCUGAUUGACCGGCUGAAGCGGUAUUACGGUUGCGGAGUCUGGGCUGGCAAAUUGUUUUGUCUGUGUGUAGUGAUUGACUUUUUACUCUACGUCUUCUUGGAAAUGUGGUUUCCUCGAUCGAAUAUCGACAUUGCACGCAGCUGGCCUAAAAAGCUACACCAGAAGAACGACCAAAAUACGACCAACCGAAAUGAACGAGAUCGGAUAGAGACUACGUCCUGAGAUGAUACCCGAUCAUCCAGUUUUCCUACAUAACGUGACUCUCGAAGUAAGUUAUUGUGAAGAUCUUUUAAUAUCAUGCAUGCUAAUCGAAAUCACUCGUAUAGUACAUCAUUAUCCGUAACAAAUUAGGCCUGGUGUCGUUGUCUCUGAGUCUGGGGCUCGUAGUUCCACUCUUUAUCCAGAGUGCUCGCGCUCUCAGGCUCUCUAUCCUCGGCAGCUAGAGCACCCUUGUCGCCACGCUGGUUAGGCUUAGCCUGGUCCCGGUCAAUUCCACGCUGGCUAGGGAUGGUGCGCUCAAAGUUGCCCUCCUGAGAGGCACCAACGCCCUCUAGACCACGGCCGGGGUUCUUUCGGCCGUGCUGGCCAUCGUGACGGAUCUCGGUGCUGGACUGUCCAGAUACAGGCUGUCCCAGACCCGUGUGAACGUCCUGAGAAGUGGCGCCCAUCAACGUGUCACUGGCCUUGGUCUUGACCGAUUCCUUGCCGUGGCCACGCUCGACAUUGGGGUUCAAGGCCUGGCUCCCGGGCUCGUUGACGGGGUUGGGGGUGUAGGAGUUGCUAGCAGGUGCGGUUCCAGGAGGGUACACCUGGGGCUCGUUCUCGGGAGCGAAGUCCUGGGGGGCGACCUUACGGCCGGGCUGGUGCUGUGAGGAUUGUUAGUAUCGUCGAUUAAAUGGAAGCGGUCAUGCAGAACAUACACCCUUGUCGGUUAGAGGGGCCGAGUUGCCAGCAGAGGGAUGGAAACCCUGCUUGUUGUUGUUCUCGGGGUUGGCCUUGUGAAUGCUGGUCAUUGCGGUGGUGUUGUAGGAGAUUUGAGAUAGCGGAAAAGGUCGCAAGAAGAUAGAUGGACUUUUAGCAAAGUUAUUGAAUCGUAGACUUGUAAUUU